AUGGUCAAGGGUAAGAACGUUGCAGAUCUGAUUUGUUCAUACUUGACUGAACUGAAAUUCAACAGUCAUCCAAGCAAUGACAAGACCCCAACCACCCCAGUUGUAGGAGGUACCUUAGGAGCUGUAGCCCUCAUUUUUCUAAUCCUUGCUAUUCACUUCUAUCGGCACCGAAGACCCAACCAAUAUGAUCAAGAAAAUAAGCUCCCUCACCAACAACCCCCACUGCCCACAUUUCUUUCAUCCACCAUCACAGCUGGACAGCAUGUUACUUCUCCUCCAAUCCCAGUUCUUAUGCCCCAGUCUCCUAUAUCAACUAUGAAUCAGCAGUUAGAAACCCCAGUGGGAAUUGAGAAAACCACAUUGGUCCAGCAAGGUCUCUAUCAGCCCUCUUCCUAUAGUCAUUCAAUGCGUCCCCCCCCACCACCAUAUUCUGUUGCCCCUUCAGAUCAAUCUGUACCAUCUUCUCCACCAUCAUAUUCUGUUGCCAAUCAACCUGAGCCCAGCCAGGUGAUGUCUCCAACAAAGUAUAGUCCAGAUAUAGCAGCAGGCAUGAUGUCAGGAUAA